AAGAGCAGAAGGGGUACCCGGGCCUGGAUGAGAGAAGACAGAGCCGGGCUGCUGCUGUGGUGGGAGCCCCAAGGGGGUUGGGACAGUGGAACCUGUCCCACCCCACCCCCUCCCCAGGGCUUUGAGGACAAAGGUGCAGGGAACUCAACUGCCCACAGACUUUGGGACUUUGCUCUCUGACCCAGGGCCCGCAAGGGACAUGGAAGGGCCUUGGGCAACUUGGCUCCUGUCACUGCUGCUUCUGCUCCAGCCUCUCCUACUGAACGGGGAACAAGGGAAAUGGAUCCAAACAGAGUGCGGCCUGCCAUCCCAGAGGCUGCGGGAGACCCCACGCAUCGUUGGGGGCAAGGACGCCAAGGAGGGCGAGUGGCCCUGGCAGGUCAGCCUCCGACACCGUCGGGAUCACAUCUGCGGGGGAACCCUGAUCACUCAAGACUGGGUGCUGACGGCUGCUCACUGCUUCAGCCCGCCUUUGGAGACGUCUCAGUUCCGGGUGGUGCUGGGAGAGCUGCAACUCUUCUCCUACCCCAUCCAUGCCAUCUCGGCGGCGGUCAGGAAGGUGAUCCUACACCCCGACUACAAAGCCACUGAGCAAUCGGAGGGGGACCUCGCCCUGGUGCAGCUGGCCACUCCCUUCAACUUCACGGACUACAUCCUGCCAGUCUGCAUCCCUCAGGCCACAGACUCCUUCCCCUCGGGGCUGCUCUGCUCCGUGACCGGCUGGGGAAAUGUGAAACAAGGAGUUCAGCUUCCUAAGCCUCACACCCUCCAAGAGGUUGAAGUGCCCCUGAUUUACCCCAGUCAGUGUAACAACUUCUUCAAAACCCAGAAUUCCAAGCUCCCGGUCACGAACGCCAUGAUCUGUGCGGGCUACCCGGAAGGUGGAAAAGAUUCUUGCCAGGGAGAUUCUGGGGGGCCCCUGGUCUGCUCCCCAAACAGUUCCUGGUUCCUGGUUGGGGUGGUGAGCUGGGGCCACGGCUGUGCCCUCCCUGGGAAGCCUGGGGUGUAUACAUUCAUCCCCGCCUACAGCAGAUGGAUCCAGCACCACGUGCCCAGCCUGGGUCUGGGUUACAGAAACAUCACCGUGUGGAGUGCAGCACCGACAGGGUCCAACCCCCUCGUGGCCUCCCUCCUACACACCCUCCUCCUGGGCACUCUCUGGUUCCUCCUCUGACACCUACUAAACACCUUCUACUCCCCUAUAUCCCUCCCUCAGUCCUCUCAGAUCCUCCUCAAAGCAGCCUGCGGAAGCUUGCUGCCACUGCUGCCUCUUCCCACUCGCUGAAAACUCACUGUUUCUGCGGGGCUUUCAUCAGCCUCCCAGGCCCUCAUCAAUCCCCAUGACGGGGAAGUUCUUCAUGUAUUUUCAUGUCUUCCUGCAAGACCCUCUGCCUUCUGAAAAGGCCUUCCUCCUCCACUGCAUCAACGGUCGGCCCCACGCCUUGCUUCAUGCCGUUGCUCGGACCCUUUCCUCUGUUGGGGCAGAAACAAUAUGACGACGUCGAAUCUCCACAAUAAAGGUAUGAAACGGA